GCCCAGCUCCCUGAAGAGCAUGGGCAGGGAAGGGUCAGGAUGGAUGAGGGUGGAGUAUACAGUGGGACACAGAGAAGGUGCUAAGUAAAUGUUUGUGCAGGGAAGGGAAGAAAGGGGAAGCUGAGAGAGUUCCUGGGCCGUCUUCUUUAGGGCGAGGUGGAUCAGCUCUUCGCAAGGUGACUCCAGCUUUUGCUUGAUGGCCUUCCCCUAUCCCCAGCCCUCUCCGCUGAGCUACAGAGAUGCCGACUCUGCCUCCCCCUCCCCCACUCUCGCUUUGCUUUAAUCAAAGUGGCCCUCACUCCAGGAACUGGAGCUACCUCUAUCCCCUGAAGGAAAGGACGUUGGACUCCCUGAGCUCUGCUAAGAAAGGUUUGGGUAGUGGGGUUGAGCUUGGGUCCCUGAGCUGUGGCCUAACGUGCUGAGCAGCAGGGUGGGUGGGCUGGUCUUGUUCAUUGGUUUUGCCUCUGGGUAUCAGGAUAUGGAAAGGCAGGGGCACAACUCAGGGUCCACAUAUGCAUGUAUGCCCACCUUGCACAUGUACCCACUUCCAGGUUUUCAGGUGCCAAGCGAGUUCUUCAGGGUUUCUGGUAAAACCAGCAGCCAGGUUUAUUUGCCUCUUCUGAUGGGAGCCCUGGCGUAGCGUGCUAUGAACUGUCCGCAUGAUCCCAGCCAGGAGGGACUUAUCGGAGGUGGGAAGGAGGGUUGCUCUCCUGGUUUAGGCAUGGGCCAGAUACAUACCAACACCUCUGGCACCCAUAUGAACAGUUGCCCAGGGCAUGAGAGUGUGUGUUUGUGCGCACAUGUGUGCAUGAGUGGUCUCCAGCCUGCCCCUGCUGGGCUGGCCUUCAUCUUCCCCUUUGCCCAGCUUUACUCACCAGGCCAGCAGGAGGAAAUCAAGCCUUAGCCUUAUGGUCCACACAGUUCAUUGGGUAGGAGGACUGCUAGGCCCUGAGCCUGACCCUGUCUCUUGCCUCUUGUCUUCCUGCAGUCAAAAGCCCAUUAACGAGAAAGUGCCUGCCCACUGCGAUGGAGCCGCCAGCACCUCCUCCCCUCCAGAUCCGGGCCCCAGGCUGCUGCCGCUUUUUAUAACUUUAUAUUAUUUUUUUUAAGAAAAAAAACUCUUUAAAAUACCUCAAGACUGUCUCCCUCUUCUGUUGCUGUUCCUAAGAAAGUACAAAAACAGAAACAUAGAAAAGGAAGCAAAAAAACGUAAAAAAAUGAGUAUCCUUACUGUCCCCAACCGCACCCUGGGAGGCUGAGAUGAUAGGUAGCCAGAUUCCAGCUCCCAUCGCUUGCCUGCCAAAGUCUCUUAUGUUCAUCAAUUUUUGUCCUUUUCAACAGUGUGGAAAUGGCUGGGGUUUGUAUCAUUGGGGCAGUCUUCUUUCCAGAUGGGACGGUGAGGCAUGUGGUUCUGAGUGAGCAAGGCUCCCCAGAAUCUUGACCUGGGAGACGACUCCAGUACCACUGGGAAGGGAAACUUGAUAGGGGAGUGGAGCCACAUGUCUGGCUCUACCCUUGGAUCUUUGCCCUGAGGGUCUGUGGGAGUCAGCCUGUGGCCCUUUUCUGGUCUUCCAGCAAUCUUAGGCCCCCAUCCCAUCCGAAUUACUGCCUCAGUUUCUUCAGCUGUUCUUGCCCUUCCCGCCUCUUACUACCUGCCUUAUUUUCUCAACCACUGGAGGAGCUUGAAUUGAGUUGGUAACUGCUCUCAGGAUGUCCCUGAUUCUGUAGGACAGCCUCUUUGCCCUUAAGGGAGGGGUACAGCCUCUCCCACGCAGGCCUCCUUGAGCUGAGCCACACGUUUUUUGGAGGCAGGAAGGGAAAAGGUAUGAUUGCUUACAGAACUUCCCUUAGUGUGGGAGACAGCAGGAAUGUGGGAGGCCCUGGUCCGUCAGGAUCGCCUGGCUGCCCAGGGCUGAGCAGAUGGUUUGGAGGCAGCAAGGGCUGGGAGUGCCCUACUUCUUCCAUUUAUCUCACUGGGGACAACUACUGUGCAGAUAUGGGAUGAGACUUGCAUCUCCCUCCUUUGGUCCUUAAACCUGAAUUCACCAAGCGCAGGGCACUAUUUUUUGGCCUGUCCUUUCAGUCUCCUUGCUUUUAGGUGGAGGGGAUUCUUAUUCCUUUAAUAAGACAGAAGAAGGGAUGGCAGAAGAGAGUGGGUAGCCGGGGAAAUUCAGUAUUUCUGGAAAACUGCUCAAAACACUGGUUUCACACUCUUGGUUCAAUGUACCAAAUUUGUGAUUUCGGGUUUGGCUGAAGUCAGUUGCCAUAAGUGUAAUUUCCACAGGCUACUUGAGACAAGCCAUUGUAGACAUAAAGAUACAAAUGAAGCUGGGACUGGAGGUGUGCGGUCCCCUUCUGCCCUCGGGGCUUUCCAAGGCUGUCGCGGUUUCCCCCCAGCCCCCAGAGGGCGCUGUGGGCGAAUCUGCCGCUCUGCCGGAGGCGUCCCGGGGGAGGAGCCUCUCCCGCGGCGGCGGCCGCCUCCGCGAUCGCAAACCCGGAAGACGCGCUCUGGCCGCUGAGAGUGUGUGCGCGCCGGCCCGGCACGGCUAUGCAGCCCCUCGUGGUAGGUCUGGCUCCCGCUCCAGCGAGGGAGCCGAGACUGACCCGCUGGCUGCGGAGAGGCAGUGGGAUCUUGGCGCACCUGGUAGCUUGGGCCUUCACCAUCUUUCUGAUUCUGCUGUCCCGGCCAGGAACCAGUCUUUUCUCCUGGCACCCCGUAUUCAUGGCCUUGGCGGCCUCCAAGCUGGGCCUGAGGCUCACUGGCCCUCUCCUAUGUUCACAGUUCUGCCUUUGCAUGGCUGAGGCCAUCCUACUCUUCUCGUCGGAGCACUCCCCGUUCUUCUUCUGCUCCCGAAAGGCCCGGAUCCGACUCCACUGGGCAGGGCAGACCCUAGCCAUCCUCUGUGCAUCCCUGGGCCUGGGCUUCAUCAUCUGCAGCAGGACCCGCAGUGAGCUGCCCCACCUGGUGUCCUGGCACAGCUGGGUAGGGGCUCUGACACUGCUGGCCACUGGUGGCCAGGCCCUGUGUGGGCUCUGCCUCCUCUGUCCCCAGGCAGCCAGGGUCUCAAGGGUGGCUCGCCUCAAGCUCUACCAUCUGACAUGUGGACUCGUGGUCUACCUGAUGGCUACGGCAACGGUGCUCCUGGGCCUGUACUCAGUGUGGUUCCAGGCCCAGAUCAAAGGUGCAGCCUGGUACCUGUGCCUGGCGCUGCCCCUCUAUCCAGCCCUGGUGAUCAUGCACCAGAUCUCCAGCUCCUACUUGCCAAGGAAGAAAAUGGAAAUGUGAGUUCCUCCGAACUCUGAAUCUUGAUGGGACACUUGCCUUGGACUUCAGUGGUUCCUUUGGUGAUCUUCAAGGGAUCCACUUCAGAAGUGGUAGGGUUUUUGUACUUCUUAGCUGGGCCAGGGGCUGCAGAAACCCAAACUGCUAUUGCUGAUGGAUGACUCAGUGGGCUGAAAUGGGGAAGUGCACUGGGUCCAAGUGAAAGGUGAUGGGGAGCUUGGUCCUGAAGCCUCCGCUCCUGAUGGGAGACAGAAGUGUUGGGUGGUGGUGGUGAUGGUGGUGGUGGUCAUUUCCUGCUUGCAUGCCUGAUAAAGAGUUGGGUUCCUGUAACUUAUGGAUGGAAGCCAUGGCUCUUUGGGUCACUUUUGAGAAAGCAGGGUGCUGUAGUGGAGAGAGCCCACGGGUCUUGUUUAUGGAUUAUGGUCCUCAUAGGCUGUAUUGUGCAACCUUAGGCAAGUCACAUGUCUCAGGACCUCACUUUUCUCAUCUGUGUAACGAGUGUUUCUAAACAAUCUCUAAUAUUCAGUGUCUGUUGGGUUGAUGUCACACCCUUCCAGCCCUGGACCAUGGGCUGGACCACUCAGCAGACUCAGGAUGUAAUUCUUGCAUUCAUUAUCCCCUUGCCCCUCUGGAGAGACAGGUCUACCCUCGUGGCCUUUCAGGAAUCUGUGCCAAUUUGGCCCCUGGACCAGGGCACAAAGGGUCAGGCCCUGUGGAGAGAAGGGGCCCAGGUGAGGGUUUCCUGAACUCCAAGAUAGUAAAGGCACUGAAGUCACUUUAAGCUUUUGGAGAAGGGCAGUGGCUUAACCAAGCCUAUGGCUCUUGGCUGGGCUUCUUUGCCCAGCUAAGAACUUCCUUCAGCCCACCUCAGGAUCUGGGCUUGAGGGCUGUGGAACAUGGUGAUGCUCCUUCCCUUGACAUCCAUUCUCAGUGGCAAAGUAGUCCUGAGCAUCUCACAUUUUUCCCUUCUUAGGGCUCAGGUUCUCACCUCAGCACAUAGCUUCAUGGAGCUAUUCCAAAGCUUUUUGAACAAAAUAAGAACCAAGGAAGUGGGGCAGGGCUCUUCUGAUCUCGGGAAGACCAAGUCUCCCUGGUUCUCCUUCUUCCCUUGUCAACUAAGCUUUCCUCAGUUAUCAUCUCUUGCCAGCUCUUUGGCCAUGGAGGGGGCUGAGUUUGAUGCCAGCUGGCAAAUGAGGGCUGUGCCCACUUCCCUGCAGAGACCUCACCUUUUUCCAAACUGGAAGUAGUUCCCCAGACCGCCCUCAGCCGUGAAGGCUGGCUGCCAGACUGGUUAACUGUGGUGUGGCUCAGUGGAGGAGAUGGAACCUCCGUAGACCAUGGCAAGGACUGGAGACGGCUGAGUCAGGAAAGCUGGUGUGGAGUUGGGUAGAGAUAGCUCAGUGGAAACUCUGAGAGGCCUGGAAUGUAGAGGCUGGAGCUCCAGGUCCCAGGAGCAGGGGGAGGUGUUCCUCGAUGGCAGUAUUUGGGUUAUGCCAGGUCUUUCGAAGGUUCAAGACCUUGUCUCUGGGUGGCUCAGAAGCAAGGAGGUUGGUAUGAUUCAGCAUACAAGGAUGGAGUUUGCAAGAGCAGACGUGUCCUCAGAGUGGAUCUCACCAGGUUCCUCCUGGGUCAGAUGGCAUCUCCCAGUAGCUCUCCAGACCCUGAGCAUCUAAAGGGGGCCACUCCUGUGCAGAGGGUGAUUGUUCCUGUCUCGUUCAUUGCCCUCUGUCCCCUCUCAAACUACCCACUGUGGUCUGGACCUGGAAGAGAUGGUUCCUGGGGCUGCAUGGAGGAGAUUCUCAUCUAGGGUCACUUUGAUCAGGCAUUCCAUCUCUUCCUCCAUCACAGCCAGUGCUGGGAGUCUCUCCCUGUCUGCAGCAUGGGGGGAGGGCUGGGUAAGGUUCACCGGCUUGCUCCGAGAGCCAAGCAGACAACGCCUUAAAGCCCCAGGCUGCCUGAGGUGUUGCCUCCUCCCAGUUGGUGCGGGGGCGGGUGGGCGGCGGGCAGGCGGGCUGACAGCCGGCAGUUUGCGUGGGCUGUGCCAGCUGAUGUCUAUUCCCAGCCCUGGGAGGAAGGGGGAAGUCAUUUAUAUUCUGCUGGAGGAAGGGGCCCCAGCUGUCACCUCUGACCGGUAGGCCUGGAGGGCAGGGGCACGGGGCAGAGAGCAGGGCACAGGUGGUCUCUUGCUUAGAUAGUCUGAGUGUAGUUUAGGGAGUAGGUCACCAGGAGGAGCCCUUCUUCGCGGCUGGCCAGAUGGUGGGGGGGGGCUUCCCUUCCCUCCCCUCUUUGCAUUUCUCCCUCCACACCACCUGCCCUCACAUCCUGGGGCAGCAGCUGGACAACCAUUAGGCCUCAGUGCCAGGGCACGCUUCCUCCAGCUGGGAUCUCCGUGGCUGCCGCCUGCGUAAGCCUCCUGCCUCCCUCCGCGCUCUGUUCCCCCCACUCCCUCUAUCUCCCCAUCUGGGAUAUUAGCUGGGCUCCUUGUCAGUGAGGCACAGGCCUUGGGGGAGAAGCAAAUGGCUGCCCUUUGCCCUUGUCCCCUGCUUAGGGAAAGCUGAUAGUAGUCAGCCUGUUUUGCCUUUUUUAAAAAAAGCCAGUGUGCUCAAAUAAAAAAAUUGCAUGUCAUUUGCAUAAAUUUGCAUAGCAGAUUUACUAAAUCCUGAUUCCAAAUGUGAUUAUAUUCAAACUCAACCUUGAGGACAUUAGAAAUAUGGAUGGUUUUUGUAUCCAAAUUAUAAUAAGAGUACCCUUCUGGGUUCAGAUGACCCCCAAUCCCCAUCUUUCCAUGACCACCCUGUCCCUUGAGUCCCACCAUGGCUGGGGGUGGUGUUGAAUGGCAGGAACUCUGUGUCUGGGGAAGUCUUCCAGCCUCACCUUCUUGGCUUUUCAGCUGCAUCAAAGGUAGGCUGCUAUCUCUCUUCCCAGCCUGUGCCUCCUCUCUCCUCACCCUGUCACAGAGCAGACUGCUCCUCCCCUCUCCCUGACACUGGCCUGUCCCUUCUUUCUCAUUGUCCCACCCUUCCACCCUCGUGCAUGGCUGCUAUGGGUCUUGUUUUUAAAGCCUUAAACUGUGGGAGAUCCAAGCACCCUCCCUGAGCCAGCUGGCUGCUGUGCCAAGGCCUGUUCAGAGUAAAUAAUAAUCAUUAGCUGAACAGUGCUGGGGCCUUUCAGCUCCAGAUCUCUAAGCACUGGCAGGCUGAGUCAGCCAGCCCUCACCUUCCCCUUCUUCUUGGGCUGCCAGUGUAAGAGAAUGGGGAGGCCUAUGGGAGGGAAGGAGGGGUCAGGAGUCUUACCUCCCAGCCUUCAGGCUUCUUUUCUCUGGGAGUGGGCCCUGCGAGUCCUCUGAGUAAACAAAAAGGUCUUUUCAACUGACAAAGGUCAAGAUGUAGGGAACGCAGUAUGUGCUCUGCUAACACUGGUAGUGGCCGUGGUGGCUGCUGACCCUGAACCUCUGGUCUUCCUGCCCUUCCUUCUGUUUACCUGUGUGGCCUCCAGAGGACACCCUUGGUCCUGACAUCUGACCUCAGCAUUUCUGGUGGCUCCCUGCAGGCUUAGGGAGCAGGGAGACCUCUGGUGUAGUGCUCCCACUGCCCCUGUGUCUGGCUGGCAUAAAGAGCCUGUGUAACAUGAAGUGAAAAGUGCAUGGACCUGAAACUAGGAAACCUGCAGGCUGGGUUUAUUUGGCCCUAACACUGGUGUGGCCAAAAGCAAACCCCUUACUGCUGGACCUCCCUCACAGGGAUGAUGUGAGGGUUAGAUGGGAGAACGCAUGUUAACAGGUAUUGCAAAGUUCAAAACAUUAAACAAAUGUAAACAGGUGGUAUUAUGUUCUUGUCCUUAUCUCUUUUUCAUUCAGCCUGGCUCUGGGCUUUAUGCUUCUUUUAGGGAGGCAAUAAACAGUUAUGGAUGAUAACGCUUAGGGGACCCAAGCAUCAGAGAGGUUGUACUGCUGGCCAUCGUAAGAGAACACAGACACAUUUCCUCCUUUUAAAUGCAAGGUCACCUCUUAUCCAUUCCUGCCAGGAAUGCCAUCAAGGCUAUGACUCUAGCAAAGCUUGCCCUAAAGUGCUGCCUACCUGGUGUUUUCAAGUCCUGGGGCUGCCUGCAAAUCUGGAAGUCAGUGCAGUCAUCCCCUAGGUCCAGCCUGAAGUUCCUGGAGCUGGUCUUGGUCUGGAGCUGCUGGUCACAAGUCUUUCUAAAUCUCUCCUACCCAAUUCUGCUCUUCUGAGGGAAAAGUAGAGCAGACAAGCCAGGAAGGGACGGAGCAACGGUAAUGGACACAACACUGCCACUCCGACCCUCUGGUUUCCCCUGUAGCCACAGGCUGAGCAAGGCCUGCUUCAGGCUCUCACGCCAGGCCUGGAGGUGCAGAGCUGUGAGACACAGCCCUGUCUUGUUCACAGGUUUGUUUCUCUUUCCUUCUUUCAGGUUCUUCAAGUAGGAUCACAGUCUCCGCCUCCUCAAAGCACUUUAUUGGAAUUAAAACACACUCAUACACACAUACACAUACACACACACAGCAUGAAAGCAGUUCUGUUUAAAUUUUUAAAUUAGGGGAAGGAUACUUUCCAUUCCAUUUGUCUGAGAACAGCCAGCAGUUGCCUGGAGUGGACAGAGAAGCAGGAACAGCAGCGCAGAGCCUUCCGUGUUCAUUUUUUUAUCUAAUUGGUUUUUUUCUGUCCUGGGAUCCAGGAAUGAAACACCAGUCAGGCACUGUGGGCACAGCCUUAGCAAUUCUCACCAGCACAGGCACAGAGAAGACAGCUGAAAGGCAGGAGGACAGUGUCCCAAAACUGCCCUGGAGGGGGGUCUGAAGUAGAUAGUCUCCAGCACUGGGCUAAACUUAAAGCAGACACAAAUGACCUCCAGUAAGACAGCCUUCCCCCUUCCCACUGCCGAGAGGGCUUGGCUAGUCACCAAUGUGCAGGGGAUAAGAGUCCCAGUUUUUAAUCUAACUGCUAUUGUCAGAACUCCCCAGAUGACUUUUUAGAUCUCUACUGAAAGCAGAUUAAGUAGCCACUUCAGGCUGUUCUGUGGUACCAAAGGAUUCAACUCUUAGUCUCACUGAGUAUACCUGAGGGGUCCCCAGCACCCCUCUCUUUAAAGUAGAUUCCCAGUUAUCUAACGGUGCUUUCUAAGGGUGCCCAGGACUAGGCUAGGCCUUUCUGCUUAGACCCACACCAAAAGCAAACUAAGCCAAGUGAGGGAGCAGUGGGAGGUGCGGGAGAGGCAGCACAAAGUCCUGUACAGCCGCAGUGCUCCCCAAUCUGCAUGCAUGUUUGUGCACAUACGCACACAUGUGCAUCCGCCCCUCCCUAAGGUUGGGGUUAAUGACUCUCAGUGCAUGUAUGCUGGUGCUGUAGGGCACCUGCAAGUCCACUGCAGGGCGCCAUGUCCUGGCUCACUGAAGGCUGGUUCUCUCAGGUCAUGGUUCCAUGUCCCCUGUGAUUCUGGGACAGCAACCAGGCUCACAUAGACUGGAAGGCCUCGGGGCAGGUCUAAGUAUCUUUACCACUUGAUAUUUUCCACUUGACAGUGUAUAAGCCUGAGGAAGGGGCUUGACAUGGCAGCUGCUGUAGCCUUCCUCUCUCAAGCCCCAGGAGAGGAAGCAUCCGGCACAGGCUCACUGUAGCCUGACCAGAAAAGCCAGCCAUCCUACUGCACAGGCCUGAGCCUUUUCUGCAGUGUGGGUGGGGAAAGUGAAGCUUCACCAGUGGUUUCCUGGGAGACAAGAUAAGUGGGACAAGAAUUACAACUGCAGAAAGGGAAGGAGUGGAGAGAUCAGGUGGAAGAGAGACUAGGCUGGCCGAUCCACGGAUCAUCUUCUGUUCUAAAAGGCAACUGUCAGAUUAGCCUCCUCCAUCCCCUGAAGUGCCACCUAAGAGGAGCUAGGGAAAGUGCUGUGAGACAUGGCAGACAAAAUUGCACAUCUUGUCCAGAAUCUAGGGAACUUCUUGUGGUUGGGGGGGAAAGGGGACAGGUUUGAAGAGAUGCAGCCAUGGACUUCCCUGGGAUGAUGGAGAGAGAAGUAUCAAAACUGUUCAGGCUCAAAGACAGGGCUUGGCACAGGCCAAAAUAGAGGGGAGAACUCCCAGUAGUCUCUGGACCUGUCCUUGUUACCAGCUUCAUCCUCUUGGCCAAAUUCAGCCAUAGCAAAAACUGCUUUGAAAAGAUGAAAAAAUGCUAUAUAAGUGUAGACUAUGAGGGUGCUCUGACAUCAACAUCUGUCAUUUCAUUGACUGCCAAGGUUGAUUUGUCUGAUAUGGCUAGCUGUGAGGUGUCUCCAUCCCUCACCACUUUGGCUGUUCCUCAUGAAGAGAAAAAGACAACUUUCCAGGCAGAGGAGGGCUGCCCUUUGGUCAAGAUUUUAUCAGUGUAAGAAACCAGGUAAUUAUUCAAAUUCUGAUUCUUUUAAUUUAAUUUUAAUUUUUAGUUAAUUUUUCUUAUACCAUUUCCUCUCCCCUUUUGGAAUCUACCAUGAUAGUCGCCUUCCAGAAGUACCAAGAGAGCAGCCAAAGAAAUUGCAUGUUCAGAGCUUCAUAGAAUCCAGUCCAGUUUCUGGUUGGCUGUGUCUGUACCAAGAAAGUGGGGAUUGCAUUUCUGUGUCCUAUGCAAUGCCUAGGACACAUUACACUGUCAAUGAAUAUUAACCUGCCCAUUACAUGAAUGUAUUUUUAGCCCGACCAAGGUGGUUACCAUUUACAACAUGAAAAUAUACUGGUAAUAAAAAUGUUGUGAAAAUGA